AUGGAAGAAGCAGAUUUCCGCAGUGUAUGGGAUGCACGUGAUGCUGCACUUCUUCUGGCAGAAGCAGUUCAUUCUACAGCCUUUGAUGUGGAUUUUGACGUGGUUUACAAGAGGUGGAGAGCUCGUGCAACAUGCAUGUGGGACGAUGUGAAUGCGACCCCAUCCAUGAAAGAGUCUCUGCCAUUCAUGACAUUCCACACUACUGAUGCCUGGCAUGAUGUACCCUCCAAUUGGCAGGGAACUCAUCGACAAGAGGAACAUCCAGAUCAUGAACUUGAUGAUGCACCGCAUUUUCUUCAUGAGGCACCUGAGACGAUAAGGCACCUUUAUGAUGAAUUUCUUUAUCAAGGUUUAAUUGAUGGCCCGAGACUCUCUGAAGCCAUCCAUGUGCGAUCCUGGUAUCUCCAUCAUUUGCGUCAGCGUCAUUGGGACACUCCAAGAGUUUUAGAAUUGGAUGGACACUGGCGCCUUUGGGCGAGAGAUAUUGCAGGAGGGUGGCGAGAUCAAAUCAAUGUUGAAGAGGACAUCGCCUUCUACAUUUGUCGUCCAGAUCCACCCAGAAAUGUUGCUAUUGCGCAUGAGAUCUUCUUUGACCUCAUUGUAGCCCAAGGCAUUGAUGUGAACGAAUGGGCAGGACUCAUCACAGUGAUUAGAACUGAUGAUUUAGCAGCUCGUGCGGAAUUUUCUCGAGCAGUUUCAUUGCCACAGUUUGUCAGUGGGGAACACUUGGCUAUGCUUGUUGGUCGGACCCAACAAUGCCAUCUGCGUGGAUGCCGCAUAGCACAUGCAAGAACCGAGAUCCCGUUUACACAUGAGCCUGUUCAUGAAAUGACCAAUGGUGAUGCUUUCAUCAUUCACCCACGAAGAUCUCAAGCUGCUGCAGCUCCGAGUUCUGCGGCACAGGAAGACGAGCUAGCUGAACUUGACUAUGACACGUGUGGUGACCAGCACCUCGAGCCUGCCCAAGACGAAGAUGCUGCAGUCUCAGAGGGAUAUUCGCCCUCGUCAGAAGCGCCCAAUGACAUGCAAGGGACUCACAUCUAUCGCUUGGGGCAGAUUGCCAUCUUUGGGCACCUUGACUGGCGUUCAUACCAUGCUGCCCUUCGUGAUGCUGCUCAGCUCCUCAGGCUGUCCAUCAAUGAAUUUAUUGGCUUUCACUAUGCUCAGGUGCAUUUACCCGGUCACGAUGCUGGGGACGAAGCCAUUAUUAUGCAGCACGUGAACGACAUCCAGCCUGGUUCACUUGAGAAGCUUGUGAUUGUUGAUAUUGUGUAUCACACGAAUCGACUCGUUCAUGGUGUACCUGACAACCCCACUGUCACCAGAGAGGUCUACAAACUCCCGCAUCAAAUUGUUCGUCAGCAUCUUCUCAUUUUUGCUCAAGUGGCCUCAUACUGCACUUGGAUGUCUGACCAAUGCGUUGUCCACCACAAUGAUCGUGAAUGGUACCGCACGGAUCAGCGACUACGUGACAUCUCUCAUGGUGCUGUUUUUCGUAUACAACUGCCACCUCCACCUCGUGCGGAAUGGCAGAUCGGCCAAGCAGUACGUGUUGCACAUGAAACUGGCGAGCUUUUUGACUUUCCUGCUGCGGGGGAUCUUGCCUAUGCCAUCAUGAACGGCCAGAUUGAUGCAAACCGGCAAGAUUAUGAAGGAACUUCCACAACGGGUGCAAGAAUCGUCCAAUGCAAGGGCAGCGACCAUGUUGAGGACAUAGACAUCCCGAUGACAUUUCCACCAGGAGUCCAAGUUCCUCGGUUGCGACCAAGACAUGAUGGAGUCUUCACUUGGCUCUAUGAUCUUGCAGAAGUUUUCCGACAAGAUGCUGAAGCAGAAGUUCAUGAUGGAGAUCCCCUGCUCUAUGUUCAGACAUGGUAUGUUCAUCAUCAGAGAUACAAACGAUGCCAUAGACCCAGGGCUGUACGUUUGGAUGGUGCUAUGAUUGGUUGGAUUGAGGAGUUCAGACAGACUUGGAAUGACAUUCUGGACCACAACAUCCCUUUUGGGCUCCACGUUGUCCGUCCAAGACCUCCACGUCCACGACUACAAUCAUUUUCUUGCCAUGUCAUUGUUGAGCAGGCACCAGUACCCCAUCGUGCUGCAGGCGUGAUAUCUGUACUCCUUGAAGGACCAGAAAGAGAUGCUCUUCAACAGUUUGCAGGAUCCUUUCCUCAACUGAUCAAUCGACCCCUUGUCAUUGAAGAGCUUGGCCUACAACCGCAAUGUGACCUGCGACGAUGUAGUGUACAAGCCAAUGGCGAGCCAGUGCACCUCAUCGUGAUGACAGCUUUGUCUGGCGGUUUCAAUGUCUGUGUUCGAGUUGAAUCUGUUGAUGCACAAAGACCUAUCCCACCAUCAGAAGAGGAUGCGCACUUUGAGGACCUGGUCCUCAUGCAAUUGUCCACAGAUACUGCGACUGCUAGUGGUCUUCAGCAAACAGAACCUGUCCAGAAUGCUCCAUGCAAUGUAUUUGCCUUCAAUCCGGCAGCACAACCCUUUGUCCCGGGAAAUGUACAAGUGAAUGUGCAACUGCAUGCGAUGAGCGAAUUUGUACAGGAACUCCACGAACUUUGGGAGACGGUUGCGUUUGCCUGGGAAGAUGAACCACGUACCAGCUCGUUCACAACGUGGUUCGCAGAUCAUGCUGGCGUCUUUCGACAUUGCACAACUCCGAGAAAUGUUGAGCUUUCCGAAGAUUUCACAACAUGGGAAUUGACACUAAGACAACGGUGGCAUGACUUCCUACGUGAUGACUCCCCAUUGGAGUACUACAUUGUGCAGCCAAAUCCACCGCGUCAACAGCCCAAUACUGCUGGCCAUAUCAUUCUGGUUUAUCAUGAGCAUGAGGUCAUGGUCACGAGUCUGGUCACACUGAUUGACCAUACACUUCGUGAGAACCAUGGUAGAUUCCAGCAGAUGGCCGUCACUACCCAUGAACAAAUCCACCUUGCAGACGUGCUGGAGGUUGUUGGCUAUGCACAGGUAUGCCUCCCACCUGAAUCUCCACGUGUUUGUCGUGCUUGGUACAUGGAUGAGAGAUUCAGGGCUGGAAGACCUCUCAUGGGACGUAGCGGCUAUGGAAUCCACAUCAAUGUCCAACGUCGAGUGUACCCAGGUGAUGCUGCAGCAUUCUUACAAAGACCUCCACGCCAUCAGGAUGAGGGAUCUAUCCGAGAGCGCCAAACACAGGGGCAGGUGGCUCAUACCCCUGGGCCUCGGCUCCCUCGGCAUUCUCGACUGGUCCCUCCUAAGCAGUUGGCCUUGGCGGAACUUUUACCCAUGUCUGAGCUUUUGACCGAGUCUCCCAUAGAGCUUGAGCAGGAGAUUGUGCGAGACUAUGCGGUCAAAUUGAGGUCUGGCAGUCAAGAUCUUAUUGUACCUUCCUUUUUGGAAGUACCACAUGCGCAUGAUGAAAGCUGGAUCACCCAUAUCCUACUUGAAUGGGGCAUCAAUUGCAAUGCGUAUCGAUUUGGUGGCCAUGAUGAAUAUCUUUGCCUACCACCUGAUUGGUCUACCACGGAGCAGCAUGUCAUUUAUGGCACACAAGAAGGGAUUGAGGAUGGUGCAGCCAUUUUGCACACAUGGAAUGCAGCUGAUGGACCGCUCAAUUCCCUUGGCCACAUGAAAGUCCUCUAUCGGAUGGGCUACAUCAAGACAGCCAUCAUUGAAGCAGCAGACCUCCGACCUGGACUUUGCCGUGUUGUAUUUGCCCAUUUGCAGCCGAAGCUAGCUGCUCCUGCCAUUGUGCAGAAGUCACCAUCAGAAUGGCCUACACCACAGCCGUUAGGGAGAGAUGACCUUCCUCCAUUUGACCCUGCGUCAUGGCAUGCAGAAUGCAGUGAUUGCUGCCUUGCGUUUGGCGUCAGCCUUGAAGAGCUGCAAGAGGUAUUUGCCCCUGAUAGCUUUCCCUUGUGCACUACUUUGGAAGGUCUUGACCUACCUCCCACAACGAAGCAAUUUGUCAAAGAUCUGCAACCGAAUCCAGGUCUACCUGUGUCUCAUUUUGAUCGGAUUGUGGUGUAUGCCGACGGCUCAUCCUUGAGCGCAUUGAAGCAUCAACCACCUCUUCUCCUGGCUGAACAGGGACAAGGUGACACGUGGGCGUUCAUUGUGAUUGGAGAGGUUCAAGCUCCAGAUGGCACUUUCCAACGGUACCUCGUCGGCUGGCAGGCUCAACCCAUUCUCUAUGAUGAGCAAAACAGAGCGUUCAUCGGGGCUACCCAUGCAGGCUCCGAUGCUGCAGAAAGGGAAGCGUUAUUCUGGAGCAUGAUGUGGAGGAUCUCCAUCAAUGACAGUGUGUCCACGACGUUCUGCACUGAUUCCCAGCUGACUCAAGCACAGGCGAGUGGCAUUGUUGGUUCGCAUCAAUCCACUGAGAGCUUUCAAUUGCUGCGAGGAGCAGCUCAAACAUUGGCUGCCAUCUUGCCAAGUGACAAGCUGCGCAUCCAACAUGUCAAAGGUCAUUCCAACGACCCUCUGAAUGACUUCGUUGAUUUUGCGGCCAAAGUUGAACGUGAAAAGAGUUUUUAUUUGCCUCGACCCAAGUUCUCACUGUGCAAGCUUCGCAAGUUCAUACCCUACAUGUGGAUGCUCUUUCAUAAACAAGCAGGACUUCCCCGACUUUGUCGAAAUGGCUUUCAUGCGCCGCCCCCGAAGCUGCCUGAGAUUGACCAGUCGAGUCCUGCAGUUAGAGAUGCCCCACUGCAAUGGCGACAGUUCACGAUCUGCCCGAGCUUUGCUACGGCCAAUGUGCAGUCGCUCUACAGAGGCGACAAUGGGCAUGCAGGCAAAGUCCAAUAUCUGCGUUUGCAAUUUGCUCAGCAUAGACUGAAUUUCUUGGGCAUUCAAGAGGCACGAACAGAUGCGUGUUGCUCUUGUGUUGAUGAUGUCUUGCGCUUAGCCUCUGGCGCUGACCGUGGACACCAUGGAACAGAACUCUGGGUGAACUUGAAAUGUCCGAUUGGAUUCAUGGACAAAGUGCCGCAGUAUCUGACACGAAGUGAUUUCGUGGUUGUGCAUGCCAAGCCACGUUGGCUGAUUGUCCGUGUCCAGCAUGCACUAUUGAAGGGCCUGUUAGUUGUGGCACAUGCACCGCAAAGCGGAUGUUCUCGAGUUGACAGAGAAGAGUGGUGGAUUUCGUUUUCUCAGACUCUCGAGCAAUGCAAGCUCACAGCUGAUGAAAAUGUCUUCUGCAUGAUCGACGCCAAUGCGGCUACAGGUCCUCGUGCGUUUCCGCACAUUGGAGAUUAUGAUGAUGGAGUGACUGCCAGCACGAAUCUUUUGCGAGAUUUCCUUCAUUCUCAGGAUCUCUGUCUGCCAGCCUCACAUCCGAUGCACUGUGGAUCCAGAGCCACAUGGUUUUCUCCAGAUGGACAGCAUGAGUGUCGCAUUGACUAUGUGGUUGUGCCGUGUAAUUUGCUGCCUUACUGCACCAUGUCAUGUGUGUUGCAAGACUUUGAUUUGGGCACAGCUCAUCUUGACCAUUUGAUGUCGGCAGUGCAGCUUUCUUGGCAGACAUGGCAACAAGUUUCCAACCGUGGGAGCCCAUCGACAAAACCUUGCUAUGAUCGUCAAUCUCUGCAGCGUGGUAGUUUGCAAUCAGUGCUCUGUCGACAGACUGUCAAUGAGUGGAUGGAUGACAUUGAUACACAUGUGGCUGACUAUACCCAGAACCUCUGGUCAGCUCUUGCCACUGUGCAUCCCCCCAGAAAGGCGCGCAGCAAAAAGCCAUACAUUGACUCCACGAUUUGGUCUUUGCGGCAGGACAAAUUGCAUCUGAGUAAGUCUUUGCGUGGUUUGCAUCGCAGGUUCAAACUGGAGACACUCUUCCGCAGCUGGAGAUUGUGGCGUGGCCAGAUGUCUCAACAGGACUAUGUAUCUGCAUACAACUAUGAGACUACCCUUCGAUGCAUUGAAGUCAAACUGAUUGCCAAUCACUUUAUGGUGACGCGCUACAUGAGAACACUCCUCAAGCGCAGCAAGCAUGCUCUCCUGGCCGAGAAAUUGAAGCAACUGCCACCCACUACAGCGGCUUCCACGGUUUUGAAGGAGGUACAUGAGAUUGUGGGCCCAACGAAUCCAAAGAAGAUCAAGCGUCGAUCUUUACCACUUGUGAGAAAGGAGGAUGGACAUGUUUGUGCUGAUCCACAAGAGAUGGUUGAUCGUUGGGUUGAGUUUUUCGCUGCCAUGGAAGGUGGAACCAGGAUGUCUUAUGAGGAUCAUAGACAUCAAUGGAGGCAAAACCUUCAGCAAUUUUGUCAAGAAGAUUUUCAACUAUGUCUCCAAGAUUUGCCGACCCUAUGUGAUCUUGAACGUGCCUUUGCGAGAGUUCGUCCGGGCAAAGCAAUUGGACACGAUCAAGUUCCCCCGGAAGCCUGUGCCUACAAUGCUGCUGAGCUUGCUCGACUCUCAUAUUCGCAAUUGCUCAAGUUAGCCCUACAUGGGCAAGAGGCUGCCAUGCAUAAAGGUGGCCAGCUUGUCCAGGCACAUAAAGGCAAGGGUCCGAUUGAUCUCUGCGAAUCGUACCGGAGCCUUUUGAUUUCUUCACACCAGGGCAAAGUGCUGCACCGGUCCCUCAGACAGCAUCAGACAGACUUGUACGAAACAUUCAUGCAAAAUCAACAGAUCGGAGGUCGAAGAGGGAUACCUGUCACCCUUGGUUUACACCAUUUGCGCUCAUUCAUGAGACAUCAACAACGAUGUGGACGCUCGUGUGGUAUCCUCUACCUUGAUCUCAAAGAAGCAUUCUAUCGGAUCUUGCGUCCACUUACCUUGGACAAUCCAUGGACGGACGCAGAGAUUGCUUGUCUUGCCCAGCGACUUCGACUUCCUGAAGGUGCUCUUGCGGAUUUGUAUGAGCAUUUGAAGAUGCCCAAUGCUGUUGCUGUUGCUGGGCUCCCACAUCAUGUUCGCAAUUAUUUGACGGCCCUGCACAGUGACACCUGGUUCUAUGUUGCAGGUCAAGAUGAUCUCUGCAGGACAUCAGUUGGUAGUCGGCCAGGGGAUUGUUUUGCUGAUACAAUCUUUGGCUAUCUCUGGGCCAAAGUUUUACGCCAGAUUGAGGGAGAGCUAUGUCAGUAUCAGAUUUUGGAUGACAUCCAUGCUGUGGAUGGCUGUGCUCUCUUUGGCCACAACCGUCCCACUGAGAAUGCCUCCAGAGCUUACCUUGGGCCAUGCUGGAUGGAUGAUCUCGCAAUUUGCCUUUCAGGGUCCACUGCGGAUGAGCUUGUACAAAGACUUGGCAUUAUGACGUCCACAUUGAUGGACACUUGUCUUGGACAUGCAAUGACACCGAACACGGAUGUUGGCAAAACCGAAAUCAUGCUCACACUACGAGGCCCUAGAUCUCGGUAUUGGCAGAAGCAAUAUCAUGGUCCGAACAGCUCCAAGCUUUUCACUGCAAUUGGGAAAUAUCAAUGUUUCUCUGUGCGGGUUACUGGAAGAUACAAGCACCUUGGCGGUAUUGUUCAUCAUUCUGGAAACCUGAAGUUUGAAGCGAAACAACGCCUUGCAGCAGCGCAUCAGACGUUCACACGCCACCGGCGAGUGCUCUUCUGCAACAAACACAUCGAUCACAAAGUGCGUGGACAGAUCUUUGAUUCUCUCGUCAUGAGUGGUUUGAACUAUGGCAGUGAGACGUGGGUCCUCCCCGACAACCAGAGCAAGACUGCAGUUCAUGCUGGUAUGAUCCGCCUGUACCGGCGAUUGCUCAAUGUUGCGCAUGACCAACACCUUUCUGAUGAAGAGAUUCUGACUCGCUGUAUGACUCCAAGCCCUACAGAAGUGUUGAGACGGGCUCGACUUCGAUAUUUGGGUACCUUAUACCACGGAGCUAGCUCGAUGGAUUGGGGCAUCAUCAAUUGCGACAUGACAUGGUUGAAUCUCGUUGAAGAUGAUUGUGUGUGGCUCUGGACGCAGCUUCAUCACUGCAGUGGUCUUCAUGAUCCACGUCAUCAUUUCGGUGCUUGGGAGUACAUCCUGCGAUACCACCCCAGGUAUUGGAAGCGGUUGGUGAACCGAGCCAUCGCACAUGCGAUUCGGCAGAGACGCAAUCGCCAGCUUGUGGGCGCCAUCCAUCGUGAGCUUUUUGAGAGUUUACAGAGUCAUGGAAGAUUUGGUGUGGAUGCACCUACUUAUGCCUUUCAAUUUGAUGCCCAGAUGAAGUUUGGCUGCAUGCUUUGCAAAAAGCGAUGUGCCAGCCGUGGUGGAGAAGGGGCGCACUUUUUCAAAUGCCAUGCCAUCGUUGCCAGUGUCCGACAUCUAUGCCACGGCACCCAAUGCGCCCAUUGUCUUCGUGAAUAUCACACACGCAGCAAGCUCCAACAGCACUUGCAGCGCAGUCGAGCCUGUCGAGGCGGUCUCCAAGCCAGAAGGCUGCAUAGUGGCAUUCAAGCAGGUAUUGGUUCCAUCGAACAACAACAGGAGCAACGCAUGCAUGAUGGCCUUGUCCCACCUUUACAGGCCCAGGGUCCGGCCUUGCCAGUACGUGCUCCUGUUGAAUUGGAUCCUGAACAUACGGAUCUCAUUGACAUGUGGAUGGAACUUCUUUUUCCUGAGAUUGAUGCUGCACAGCUUUUGACGAUGAUGGAAGCUGCAAUUCAGGAGUUUGCCAUUUCAUGGACCAGAUGUCAGCAGACACUUCGUGCAUUUCGUGAUGGUUUUGGUGAGGAACUUGUCAUGAUCACUGGAGUUUCACAGAAGGUUGUUUACCAGGCUGUGGAUAAUCUGCUUGACCCUGAGCACUGGCCAUUUUUGCGAGAUGAUUUCCGAGAAGCCAGCAGACCUGUAGAUGAUUUGACUCAUUAUACAGCAUGGUGUUCUCGCUUGACGGAUUCUGGAAAUGUGUGGACAGCGCAGAGUGCGACGUAUUACGCUGUCAGCAGUGCGAGCUCUGAUGAUGUGCAGAUUGAAUCAGAGUUUUUGGCAUGCUGUGUAAAGAUGCAGCAGGAUUUCCAGGGUGAGUUUAUUGGACCGGACUUUGUGCAGAACGGCUGA